GCUCCUACCUGACUGGCGCUCGACUGCACGAUUCAGCAGUUCUACCAACUGCGCUGCGCUGCAUUGCUACCUCUUCCGCCGUGUUUCUCGCUUCCUUCGCCCGGUCUGGUCUCACCCUCGCUCUCGCUCGCCCUCUUUACAACUCUGCCUCCCUUCUCAACUCAGCCCAGAAUCUCUUCUUCCACUCUUCCACUCCUCCCAUCUGUUUCACCUCUGUGUUGCUAUAGCACACCAAUUCUCUUCCCUGUCAAAUCUUCACUUUCGUCCUCGGCCUUGUCCUGGAGGAACUUUUGAGAGAGACUAGCUCCUCUCCUUAUCCACUUUCGUUUCACCUGCUUCUCGCUUCCUUCAUUCGAGACAGGAACUUCACCAAGUCUGGACGUUCUGCGAAGCUGGUCUCUCGCAUCGACUCCAUUUACAUCAUCGGUACAUUCGCUAUACAACAUUGUCAUCAUCGCCAUCUCAACAAUCUGGUUUCCUGACCGCGAUCAAUCGACCUCUAUCUACCCGCGUUUUCCUCAGGGACACGGCCUGCCUGCCUGCAAAAUUGGACCACCUUUGUUGAUUACCAUUGGGAAGAAGAAGAUUGUGCCACACCGUGAUUGUUCUGUAUGCAAUAGCACAACCGUUGCCAGGAAGCUGUGACUGUCUGCGACGAUCGCUGCCUUUCCUCCUCGACUGUGUCGACCCUCAACCCUAUUAGCAUGUACCCUUCGAGUGGUGCGCCAAUGGCUCAACCUCAGAAGCCGGAGACAUUCAUGCUCUCGAAUGAGGCCCAGCAAAGCUUGCCUCAGGAUGCGCAAGUCGCCCUGCAGCAAGUUGACAACCUCAAAUAUUUCCUCAUCUCCGCCCCGGUAGACUGGAGCCCGGAUUCUUUGAUCAGGAGAUUUCUCCUUCCAACUGGCGAAUAUGUAUCGUGUGUCCUGUGGAACAACCUCUUCCACAUAUCGGGCACGGAUAUUGUGAGAUGUCUGUCCUUCCGAUUUCAGGCCUUCGGCCGUCCCGUGAAGAACCCCAAAAAGUUUGAGGAGGGCAUUUUCUCAGAUCUGCGGAACUUGAAGUCUGGCACAGACGCAUCAUUGGAGGAACCAAAGAGUCCCUUUCUGGACUUCUUGUACAAGAACAACUGCAUUCGGACGCAGAAGAAACAGAAGGUCUUUUACUGGUAUUCCGUGCCGCAUGACCGCCUCUUCUUGGAUGCUUUGGAGCGGGACUUGAAGCGCGAGAAGAUGAACCAGGAGGCGACAACAAAGGCGGUGGCAGAGCCCGCCCUUUCCUUCGAGUUCGACUCCUCGCAGUCGUUGUUUGAGCAGCUGACCAAGGCUCAACAAGCCAGUUCCUCGUCCUUUGCGACCGCCAAUGGGAACGUGCCAUACUCGCAACCUGCAUCGCCUGUUCUCCGUGCUGCCGACUCGAUGCCUCCCCCGAUGAUGCCACCAUCUAUGCCGCGGUCGCAGGAGCAGCACCACUCUAUGUACACAAGUAUGGGCAUGUCCAAUACGGUCACAACCACGGCUAUGUCGCGAGAGCAGGAUUACUCUCAGUUUGCUUUUGACCGAAAUGGGAAUGCCUACGACCGUGCUCAUAUUCGCCAUGCCUCCAUGCCAGCUUACAUGGAGUACUCCCCAGCCCCAUCCUUUGUCUCGUCGCAUUUCGAGGACUAUAGCACUAGAGGUCUCUCGUACGAACCAAUCACACCGCCUCAACAUGCAAUGCCCUCGGGAACUGAGCCGGCCUAUAUUGCGAAUGAAGACACUGGGCUCUAUUCAGCCAUCCCAGAAAUGCAGUCCAUGCAAGCGUACAACCCAAUGGCUUCGAUGCCUCCCGCGACACUGGCUGGCCCCACUUACGCCAGUGCUCCUCGAGCAUUCCCGCCGGGAAAUGUAUAUUCGGUCAUCGAAGGCUCUCCAACAUAUAAGGCACGGAGGAGACGUUCCUCCAUUCCAUCCUCAAUCAUGAAUGCUGUGGCUGCCAACGCCGUUGCUCAAGUCACUCAUGGUAUGAAAACACAUGCUCCGCAAAGACCUAGCGAUCUUCGACGAUCGAUGUCGAGCUCUGUCAUGCCCAUUGCGGAAGGCGACGAAUCAUCUGGGCAGUCCCCGCCGGGCCUUGCUCACAGUUACCCCUCCUCCAUUGUGAACAGAGACCACCUGACCGACGGCUCGCGGCAUACAACUCCUCUACCUGGCCUGGAAGAAGUCAACUCACAUGGAUACGGAAUGGGCUCCGGCACCGAUCCUAUGACGAGUCUUAGCAGCGGGGAUGAGAUGCAUAUUCAUCCACUACAGAUGAGCCCAGCUGUCCGCUUGGAAAGGCCAGGGCCCGUCCGGAGAGCGAGGAGUGCAACGAUGAUGGAACUCGGCGUCCCUUAUAAAUCGCAUUCGUGCCCCAUCCCAAGCUGCGGUCGACUCUUUAAGCGCUUAGAACAUCUCAAACGCCAUGUCCGCACCCACACUCAAGAACGCCCUUAUGUGUGCCCCUACUGUAACAAAGCAUUUUCACGAUCCGACAACCUGGCACAACAUCGUCGAACACAUGAAUCUCAACAAGACGGCCAGACCGCUCCCGUAACCAGUGAAGAGGAACUGGAAAACGACGAGGCUGAUUUUGCUUCCAUGGAGGAGCUGUCCUCCCCAGAUGAAGCCAACCGCCCCACGAGCGUGUCCGGCAUGCUUGCCAUGUCAAUGUCUAUGCCUCCCCCGUCUACCCUCGUGAUGCAAUCCAUGUCCCAGUCGAUGAUGGCCCCAAGCCAACUGGUUCAACCCUCGAUGUUGCAGAAUCUGUAACCAUAUCAUACAACACGACGCUGAUGAUUGAAAAUUUUCCAAAAAGGCUUUGUCUGUUUUGGCCUUUCUUCCGGACUCUUUACAGCUGCAGAGGCGAAUGUGGAGGGAGAGCUAGCUGUGUUAUUGCGAUCAAGGGCGUAGCCUCCCUGAUGGGUGUUGUACGCUUUAGCGAGUUGCAGCGUGGCGGGUGCGUUGGAGCACGAGACGCUACAAGGGGCCUCGCCGGCACAGGCAAUGCCAUAUCCAAUGUUUUGUCGGUUCAUUGCAUUGUGCGUCGUGCCCAGUAGCAGCAUGCCAUUUAUGAUUUUCAUUUUUCCUUUGAAAUCCGAAUCCAGUGGAGAGGAGUCUUGUGUCAGCAUCAUCGUUUCGAGAGUCGAGCCAUAGAAGCGCCGCGGUUCUUUUCGCUGGACAAACUGUACAUAUACUAAGCCACUGCAUGCAUUGAUUGAUAAACAGUGGGAAAGCGGUCGAAGUCUUGUUGUUGAACAUAGGUUCGCCCUGCGUCGCCCUCCACGCUUAGGUGGUCGCCCAUUAUAGAUCCCUAAUACUGCUCUCCCA